AUGCAGCGAGCUCACGGGGGCGGCGCCCCGCAUUCGCAGGCCUCCGCCACCGCUCACCCGAAUGUACGCACACACAACUCCUACGCAGACAUCGAUGAUCAGAUACCUGCUUCCGUGAUAAGUAGUGUGGGCACAGUAAGCCUGUCUCAAUCAUCAACGCACCCCACUACUAACAUAACGAUGGCCAACCCCACGAACCUGGGCAACGCCAGCAGCAAUGCGCAGCCGGCGGCCCAACAGACACCAACCCAGGCUCCCGUGCGAAACUUGCCCAAGAAACGGAAGUUUGACCCGUCAGUGCUGGAAGAAAUGAGCUGUUCAAACAACAACACAGUGAACGCACCACUUCCAGUCGAGUACCAGCCGCAGUACCAACAGUCAGUACUGCAGCCGUCUCCAAUAAUCCAGCGCUCUUCCCCGCCUUCAGAAAUGAAGCCAUACAUCACUUCGUACCCCAAUAUUGACUUGUCAGAAUGGCGGGACCACAGGGUGCUGGCGAAGCAACGGGGAUUGUACGUUCCAGGAGUUAUCCGUCAGGCCGAGGGUUGUAAAGUGAUAGUGGAGUUCGACGGGCUCGAGAAUGAGCCUGUGGAGUACAGUGAUGUGUUCGGUGUGAAUAAGAACGAUGUGAUAAGUGACGCGAGCCCCCAAAUGAGCCAUCUGCACAUGGGCUCGCUGUGUGUCGUAAGGACUACGGACCCUAGCCGCGAGAAUGUGCAAAAUGUUUUCGUGGAAGGUCUUGUGUAUGAAGUGCUUAAUUCUCCUAUAAGGAUUAGAGUUAAGGUAACAGAUGGUGAUCUCUGCAAAGAAAUGGUGGAAGUGAAGCGAGCAGACAUCAGACUGCUGCAGCCUCCGUGGGCGGAUGAGCUGGAGGAUGCUGGCACCCACACCUCGUCUUCCAUGCACCCCUCAUUGCGCUUACAUCAUGUCCCUACUCAGAUGGGUGGCGAUAACUUCUACACGUCAUCCCCGAUGCCCGGCGCGGGCGCCGGUGGCGUAGUGACGGUGGGUGCGUUGUCCAACGGCUCAAUGGAUGACUUGCGCAAGCGACAGCCCUUCGACGAUUACGGAGAAAGCGAUGACGAUCUGCGACGAGAGGACAUUAUGUUCCCCGCCGACGUUUCGCAUAUGGAUUGCAGUAACAGCAAACGUAGCAGUCUUCAGAGCCGAGGCAGUACGUCCAGUUUGCUCGAGAGAAGUCUCACACCAAGGUCCCAGCCUCCUACUCCUAGAUCUCAGGCGGCAACCCCGCACAAAUACAAGAAGGGGGAUGUAGUCUCGACCCCGACUGGUAUCAGAAAGAAGUUUAACGGUAAGCAGUGGCGCCGUCUAUGCUCAAAGGAUGGCUGCACCAAGGAGAGUCAACGACGGGGAUUCUGUUCCCGACACCUGUCUUUGCGAGGAGUGACCAGGUCUUCCAACACUCCAUUGGCACAGGGAUCUGCUCAUACCCCACAACAAAGAAGCAGCAGUAAAUCCCUGUCUUCAAGUGGUACGGGAGUCGAAGGCGAUGAGACGUCGCGCGAGUCGGACACUACGCCACCACAUUACCGCGUCACGGGGCGGUUUGAUUCUGAUGAAACCGAGGCUGCUAAUAUGCUAGUGUCGCUGGGCAGCUCGCGGUCGGGCAGCCCGGGCGCGCACCGGGGGGUGGGCGGCGGCGGGUCGCCCGGCCUGCGCAACAACCUCUUCGUGCCCAUCUCCUCGCCGCAGCCGCAGCCGCAUCACCCGGCCGCCCUGUACCACCACCAUCUUAUCAGGCCAGAAUUAGUCCGACCUAGUCGAGUCAACUCACCGGUCGGUGGGGUCGCCACAAGCGUCAUCAGAGUGUCGCCAGGACCUAACUAUCAUUACCAGGUCGAGAACAGAAACGGCCCAACAAUAGUUCAGACGAAUAAUGCCUCCCAAUCAAAUGUGAUCGGUGUUCAAACUUCAGGGCUGAACCUGCAAAACACAAUACAUACUAGCAUUAAUGCUACAACAACAACUCUAUCCAGCCUCACUCUGCCUUCAAGUAUAUCGCUCAAUCUGAACAACUUGAACACUCAAAACUUGCAGACAAGCAUUGCAAACACUAUUCGUAACACCAACGAGCUGGCACACAACUUGAUAGUACCGAGGACUAUCCCGACGUCGAACGGGAUAGACGUAGAGCAGAUAUACCGGACCCAGCCACUCCACAGGAACGGGAUCCAUGAGCCAUACCGCCGCGACACUGACAUGUCGCCAUCACAGAACAAUCAUGAAAAUUUUCUCAAUAGAAGAGUCUCGGAGUACGACGACGAUGACGAUGCAGUGUCGCAGAGAGAGAACAACAUACUCCGCAAUGUUAUUGAUACUCGGCCGCCCGAACUAUCCGAGACUCGCGUAAUGGAAGACAAUAAGAGGAUUGUAAAGCCGGCACCGUUGCAGGCGCGCUUCUUGUCGGUCGUGGAGCCCGAUGUGAAGGAUCCUGUGAAGAGGUAUUACGUCACCAUGCUGCCUCAGAGUACCCCAGACAAGAAGUAUGUGUUUAUUAAGAACGAGCCUGGGGAGACCGUGCAAAUUGAGCAGCGUAUAAACCAUUUGACUCAACAAGUCAACAACAAUGACUCCGAGCAGGAACAUCGGGGUUUAGAUAACGGGGACCAUGUAAACAACGUGAACAACAGUGCAGUGAUAGUGCACCCAAACCAGUUGCUACCGGUUUUACCGCCGCCCGCCUCGCACACUAUCAUCGUGUCGAGCAACACGUUCCCGUGGCAGUCGCUGGUGCCGCUGCUGGGCGCGGGCGGGGCGGCGGGCGCCGCGCCGCCGGCCGCGCCGCCGUCCCCGCGCACGCCGCGCACGCCGCGCACGCCGCACACGCCGCACACGCCACACACGCCACACACGCCCGCCCCACUAAUCAAGUCGGAGGAUCAGAUCAAAACCGAGGCUAGCGACCCUCCAAUGUGUAUGGAUGAGGAUGACGAGGUGUUCGAGUCCGAGGACUCCGGAGUCGGCGGAGAUGACCCCAACAAGCGACCAUCACAGAAUACGUCUGCGCUUAACUCACCUGCCACACAGGAAAAGAAGGAGCGUCGCAUCCGUCGUCCGAUGAAUGCGUUCAUGAUCUUUUCAAAGCGCCAUCGACAGAUAGUGCAUCAAAUGCACCCCAAUCAAGAUAACCGUACUGUCAGCAAGAUCCUGGGCGAGUGGUGGUACUCACUGAAGCCUGAAGAGAAACAGAAGUACAACGAACUCGCUAGCGAGGUAAAAGAAGCACAUUUCAAAGCUCAUCCAGAGUGGAAAUGGUGCAACAAGGAUAGAAGGAAGUCUUCCAGCAGUAAAGAUCCUACUGGGUCCAUGCCACAGAGUCCUCGAACGCCUUCAGAGGUGGUCACCAGCGGUUCUGUCACGAUCAAUGCAGAUCUGCCGGUGCCUGUUGCGUCAUACAACCAUUUGGGAUCUCCGCAGCUUAGUGACGAUGAGCAAAUGCCAUCACAGACAGAAGAACCUCCGCCGGCGGUACAAAACCUAGAGAUUGACCUGAAGUGUGGAGAAAAAGUGACCGACUCGGACUCUGAAGGACUCGACACGCGGGACUACUUGCCGUCACACCACGACCACACUAGGAGGCCCAAACCCAUCAAAGCUAGGGCUGGUUCUUCAGACAAUCUCCUCGGAGGUAUUACAGCGUCUAGUCCUGGUGGACCGAAGGGUUUCCAGCCAACAGGUGGCGCGUUCAAAUCUACGCACGCUGAUACCAACGAUACCCACAGGCUGUGGACGGCGGCGGCGCUGAACAAGCAGAGCGUGGCGGGCAGCCUGGCGCACAGCGUGCAGACCAUCUCGCUCGACUCCGCCAUCGCCAACAUCAUCGCCGCGCCGCCCGCGCCGCCCGCGCCCGCCCAGGUUAUAUCGAGCGGUAUUUCCAACACGAUUCAGACGCCGACGUCUACGCCAAUGGCGUCCACACCGCUAGGUAACCCCGUGCUUAAGAGCUUCACCUUCGUCAAACGGAGUCUUGGGGACAAUUCGCCUUGUCCUGGGCCCCUGACGCUCUCCCUGGAUGCGUCAGGCAACUUGCUCCUGAAGCCGAGCCAGUCUACCGACAGCCCUGCCUCCGACCAGUCCAUGCACUGCGUCCAUCUGCAGAGGUUGUAUGUACCAACAUUCAAUACUGAAGUGGAGCCCCCGAAGAGUGGCGGCCAGGGGUUGCUGAGCGUGCAGCCCGCCCCGUCCGUCAUCGUCUCGCAGACCAACACUGGCGCGCCCACCAAACUCAACGCGCAAUGGGAAACACCAGUGGAAGAGACGCGGCCAUUCCCUCUCGCACCCACGCCGGCACAGCUCGGCAGGGCACCGCUACAGAAGCGACUCAGUCGAGGGACGUCGACGGGGUCGUGCGGCAGCGGCGCGGCGGGCGCGGACUGCGCGGACGCGCGCCCCGACUGCGACGGGCCCGCCGGGGGCAGCUCGCCCAAGCACGCAGACCUGCCCAGCCCCAACCAGAAGAAGAGUCUCUUCAAGAAACGCAACGAGGACGGCCGAGACAAGGUACUGGAGACGGUAAACUUCGAGCAGAAGUUCAGUACACUGCCCCAGUUCAAGCCGGAGGCCUGCAGCCCCAGCGCUAUGGUGGUGCCGCGUAGUCCACAGCUCUACAUAAGGAAGAAACACAACAAAAUGGAGGAAGAAGGCACGGCGGUAACCCCGCAGCUGGAGGCGGAGGUGGUGAACGGGAACGGAAUGCCCACACCGCACUCGUAUGGCACGCCGCAUACCACCACCAACAAACUCGUCGGGAACACUUUCUUCGGACCUGACUUCAAUCUCGACACUUAUCGAGUGGGCGGCGAGGGCGCGGAGGAGAUGUCCCCGCGCACGCCGUGCAGCGCGGGCGGCGCGGGCGGCGCGGGCGGCGCGCGCGGCGAGGCGGGCCACCGCCGCGUGCUGGAGGCGCGCCGCCACCUCGUGCUCAAGCUGUUCCAGGAGCACGGCAUGUUCCCCACCACGCAGGCCACCACGCACUUCCAGGCUUCGCACAUGGAUAUUUUCCCAACAAAAAUGGCACUACAAUUGAAAAUUCGGGAAGUGAGACAGAAACUGAUGGCUCAGUCGAACCUUACUCCGCACUCGGAAGUAAAUACCCCAACUAUAAACUCUCCAAUCGCGUCAGCGCCUUUUCAACCGACUUCUACGGCCAGUUAG